AUGGAUUUGGUAGACAGAGUGUGGCAUGAACUGAAGCAGUCGGGAUGUAGCUGGAGCGCAGCACCGCCGAACUGCAGUCGCUCCCUGUCCAGUUUCCAGAUUCCAAAAGUCAAGAAAAAUGAACUUUCGCAAGAAAAGGCCACUAGCGUUCACCAGAGCUCUGCAGUACCCCCGCAAAAACCUGCAGAUGAGCUUAUUUCACACAGAGAGAGUGCUGAAGCCCAAUUGGCGGCGCAAUCGCCAGGGAGCAGAACAGCCUACGGUCUUGAGAGCUGGAAGUCUGUGUCCUGCACAGUGCAGCGACAGGCAAAUGUACUGAAGGAAGAGUGCCGCAGCAGCCGCAGGUACACCGCUCUUGAGGCGCUGAAGCGGGUCUUUGUGGACGCCUCAGUGCCCAGCCUUUUUUACAAAAGAGCGUUUGCUUUGCUGCUGGAUCCGCUGCUGCUGUGUCUUUCGGAGCCCGCCGAAAAGGCGCGGCUCCUCUCAGCCAGUAUUCUCUUUAAGUUUUUCUGCGAAGCAGCAGCAGUUGACGAAGCCCUGGGAGAAGUGCUGCGGGCGCUGACUGCCCGCUUUGGCUCCGAAGACAUUGAAAGAGUGGCUCACCUGCCCCCAGUGAUGCGCCCAGACCCUGAGUACAAGCCCCUGCAGCUGACUCCCAUAGAACAGAGCGACGAAAUGCGGCAGAGUCUGUUCAAGUUGCUUCAGCUGGUGCUGCACAGAAGUUCAGAUGAAGCCGUUUUGAGCCACCUAGACUUGGCCGUAGGCCUGCUGCGCGCCGGCGCAAUGGAUUUGUGCCCUGAGGUGAAGUGUUUGGCACUGGAAGCCGUCGUUGAGCUCUGCAGUCGGCACCAAAACAUGCUGCUGCACUUCACUGAGCCGCUGGCGAGGUCACUUCUUUCCUGUCUUGUGCACCAGCACUCGCGAAUACGAAUGGGAGCUCUUCGCGCACUCACACUGGUGCUUUCUUGUGGCUUGUACAAGUACAACGGCGAAAUUGUUCACAUGCUGGCUGGCUGGCGGGACCCCAACAUAGUCCCGAUCAAGAGUUUGUACGAAGUCACAACCAUAAGGAACUACUUCGCGGAGUUGCUGGCAGACCGCUCGCCGCUGGUGCGUAUGUAUUUCUUCGACACUGUUUGCUACUGGCUGCUCAAUUUGCAAGAUAAGGCGGACUACGAAACUUGGCUCUUCCCUUACUUGCUGAGCGGGCUCUUUGAUUCAUUCCGGCCCAUUCAGCAGCUCGUGUUUCUCCUUUUGGAGCGGCUCGGGAGGCACUACGAGCAACUUCACGAAAAGGAUUUGAGGGAAAUCAAGCAACUCGGCACUCCGGACUUGUGGAGCUACGGGGGAAAAGCCUUCCUGUCUUUUCCCCUGGGCGGCUGCUGGGCCGUUUCGGGCGCUGCCAAAGUGCGCGAAGAGGCGCAGCAAUUUGCUGCUUUCGUCAGCUCCUACACUGAGCGCCUGCAGUCUCUGGGCAUCGAAGGAUUUUCUUUAGUUGAGAACAAACAAAAUCAACUCACAGCCCCCGGCGAGGAGCUCGUGGGCGACCCCCCCAGGCCCUCCCUGGGAGCCCGCACUAUGGUUCGGAUAUAUUUCCGGCGUUUUGCAAAAACCCUUUUUCAGCCCGUUUCAGACUUCAAAGAAGUCUCCCAAACCGCUUCCGCCCGCCUCCUGGUGGUUUCUUUCGCCUUUAUAGAAGAAGCUGCUGUGGAAUGGCUCGACAGCUGCUUUGCAAUUUGCUGCAGAGUCCUCGCGGCGCCGCAGCAGCAUGCAACAGCAGCAGUGGAGUCGCACAGAGUGGCUCUGCAGCUCUUGGGGGCCUUUGCCGACCCGGAAAACUACUGGGAAGUUGCAAAGGAGGCUUUAAGGGAGAAUGUCCUCGAGGAACUUCAAGUUCAAGUUGCAACGCUCAGCAGUCUGGCCUUGAUGCUACAAGGAUCCUUCAUGGUUCUCAAGAAAGCCGCCGACCCGAGCCUUGGCCUGGGCCGCCUGGGGCCAGUUUUGCCUGAAAUUGCCCAGGCGAUUUCUUCUAGUCAUUUGCUUCAAGAGCCGUAUCUGCGUUUUGCUGCUGAGGGUCUGACGCAGCUUGUGCAGGUUCUGGUGUCUGGAGUUCGAGGGCAAAACGAAACUCUUUCGGAAGAAACCUGGCAUCAUUUGCUCAGUGUAACUUGCUGUUUAGCAGCACCUCCGAGGUGUCUGGAAGGAGCAGAAAACAGCCAGCUGCAGCCCCAGCUGCAGCAGCUAAUGACCGACUUGGCUUGUUGCCGCAAAGCUACAAGGCGUACGCCGCAGCCCCACAGCGACGCAGCCACACUGUGGGCCGCAGUGGACAUUCUACGGGGCAUCCCGCCGGCCAACUUAGCUGCUCUCAGCACCUACAUAAUCCACUUGCCCAGCUGCCGCCUCCUUGAAGAAAAAACUUUUCAAGUUCUUUUCGGAAGGCUGCAGCAAUGUGCAGCAGCAACAGAGGAAGCUGCCACGAGGCGCAGCUGCAGGCGGGCGGCUCUGCGGCUGGUGAUGCGCCUUGCGCAGCUAGACGCAGCAAGCAGCAGCAGCAGCACAGACGCUGGGACCCAGACGCCACAGCAAAAGUGCCCAUCGGCCUGUCCAACCGCUGUUUCACGCCCCAGCAGCUCGGGCGUUGCAGGGACUGCAGCAGUAACAACAGCAGCAGCAGACAGCAGCAGCAGCACCGAACUGCAAAACGGCGAAGCCGAGGAAUCAGAACCUAUGCGGAAACUCCUCGACUGCCCGGUGGCAGCGGCCGCCGGCGUGCUGCAGCAGCUGCUGCUGCGGUUGCUGCAGGAAGUGGAAUGCGCCGAAGACGCGCAAGACGCCCUAGCAGCCCUGACAGAACUUUUGACGCUGCCGGGCCUGGGAAAUGUGAAUUGGGGGGAAGCGGUGCAGCAGCUGCUGCUGCUGUCGGGGCUUUCUCAGAACUUGGCCCGCUUUCUGGGCUGCCCGUUUCUGCAUACUAAGCUAUUUCGCAGCGCAUGCAUGGACUACGCUCAUCAUUCUGCUGCUACUUAUCCAGACAAGAAUCCCGGCGCAGUUCUGGAAGAAAUGCCACUGGGCAAGCGGCGGGAGCUGCGGCUUGCUGCGCUGCGAGCUGCAGCAGAACUCAAACAGCAAGCUGUGCUUCUGCUGCGCCUCUGCCUUCCCAUGCUCGCUGAAGAUCGUAGCAGCCUCUCAGCCCUCGUCUACGGCACCCUUGCUGCGCUGCAACCGCCCAGCAAGCUGCAAAAUCGGCCAGACGCAUGCAAGAUGGGCUGCUGCGAUGCUGCCAAGGAGCACGGAGGCACUGCUGUGAAUGCUGCUGCAGACGGUGCUGCAGGUACUGUUGCAGGCGCUGCUGCAGACGCUGCAGCAGAUGGUGCUGCACGGGCUGCAGCAGACGUUGCUGGAGAUACUGCUGCAGGAAAUGUUGCAGACGCUGCUGCAGACGCUGCUGAAGACGCUCAUGCAGGCGCUGUUGCUGCGGCUGCUGCAGACUCUACUGCAGAGGCUCCUGCAAAUGCUGCUGCAGACGCUGCCGCCGGCGCUGCUGCAACCGCUGCUGCAGACUCUGCUGCAGACAUUGCUGCAGGCCGGUCGAGAGACACUGACAAUCAGCCAAAUGCGAAUGAAAUAGAAAGGACGAAUGAAGAGGAGGCUGAGGAAAAAGAGGAGGUCUGCAGUUUCGCCCAGCAUACAGUAUCUUUGCCGUUUGAGGCUCAGAGCCCUUGGCUUUUGUUCCAGAUUGCGAGUUGCCUCUUCGAUACCAUUUCCCUCUGGAUAGCCCCAGAGAGGGGGCUUCCCAAUGAAGAAGAGGGCCUUCGGAAAUUUAGAAAAGUCUUUGAAAUGUGCAGUCCGGACUCGCUGCUGAUGCCGCGGCUGCUGGCGCUUCCGAUGUACAGCCACCUCGAGCGGCUCCACGCAAACCGCCGCCUCCUGGAGCUUCUCUCAGAAAACUGUCUUUGCCAGGCGGUGGACACAUGCGUGCGGCAAAUUUUGGACCUUAAGAGCUCGUUUCGUGAGGGCUAUGAGGCUUAUUUGGAGGCCCCAGAGGGGCCUCCCGGGGCCCGUUCUGGGGCCCCCAAAGCCCUGAAGGAAGCGGUCGCCGCAGCCAAAAAACAGGCCGCUGCUGUCUCUCUAGAAACCCAAAAAAACCAGGCGAUCUCUGCACUCAUACAGCUCGUCAAACUCUUUGGAAUUGUCUGCCCCAGCGCUCUUCAAGAGUGCCUUCGGCAGUAUGAGGCACGAGGCCGUUUCAGCCGCUGGGAGCUCUUAAGUCGAAUCUUUAAAGACACCAACGGCUCCCUCUCUGACAAGUAA